AUGCAAGAUUCCUUUGGCCUCGGCAGGAACAAUGCAUGUUUGACAAAGGAGGUCAAGCAUUGUAGGAUCCCACAAGCAGGAACGCAAAAUUGAAACAGGAACGAAACAUCCUAAAUCCUACAUCAUCAAAUAGGAAUCAUUGUGCCGUGGUAGAUCCUUACUGUCCAGGACAUGAUCGUCCUCGCAGUGAAAAUCGUCUGUAUGCACUGCGCUUUUUUCUUUGUUCAAUUCGCUCCCACCCGGGCAACCUUGGAAGUGCCGUCCAUGGAUUUUCCCCAGACCACCCCGCCAACCCUGCUGGGCUGGGCUGUGUGGGGUAAAAAGCUGGAGUUUGACACCUCAUGCACAUACCAUACGCAGAUGGGGAACGUUCAACGUCUCGACAUGGUAGGUGGGCGUCCGCGUAAUUUGCAUGCCUUGCUCCUACAGGACGAUGUCGAUGCAGCUAGAUAUGCAACGAUCUUUUAGGCCUUCUCGAGAGCUUUGUGGUCUGGAUUCGUGCUCGUGCUGUGGUGGCGGAUUCC